AUGUCAAUCAACCAAUGGAAUUCUGACAUUCUCAUGGAACCCGCAAUCAACACAACAAUUCUGAACCGAUUAGGAUCGAAAGCAAAGUACUUUUCAAAAAGAGAAAAAGCUGUCACUAUUUCCAUUGAUGGAAUGUCCAUUAAGGCAGAACUGACCUAUAAUGCCAAGACUGACACUUUUGUUGGAUUUCCUGAUGAUGGUAAAAGCUCCAACUUAAACCUUAGAUUUUCAUUGUUCAAACAGCCAUAUCGUGGAGCGAUAACGGAAAACUCAUGCCAUUGGCCUUUCCUUGAACCAGCAAACGAAAUGCUUUUUCGUAUGUAUUACACAUCUAAGGAUUGUAUCGACAUUAAAAAGGUAUUAAAUAUUUACGAGCGAUGGGUAUACAAACAAAAAUUUACCAAAUUCUUGCAUCAGAACAGGAAAAAUGUUAAAGCUCGGCUGAAGGAGUAUCUGAAGCAUGAUGAUUUUAAAGUUGUGGUUUGUCACGAAUGUUUUCAUACAUUAAUUUAUAAAUUUUUCAAUGUGCUCAUUCAGUGUUUGUUUUAG